AUGCGUCCGUGCUACAAUAGCGACGGAUCCGCUAUUAAUAAAUCAUCGCUAGCCCUCCCUCCCUCCCUCCCUCCCUCCCUCCCUCCCUCCCUCCCUCCCUCCCUCCCUCCCUCCUCCCUCCCUCCUCCCUCCCUCCCUCCCUCCCUCCCUCCCUCCCUCCCUCCCUCCCUCCCUCCCUCCCUCCCUCCCUCCCUCCCUCCCUCCCUCCCUCCCUCCUCCCUCCCUCCUCCCUCCCUCCCUCCCUCCCUCCCUCCCUCCUCCCUCCCUCCCUCCCUCCCUCCCUCCCUCCCUCCCUCCCUCCCUCCCUCCCUCCCUCCCUCCCUCCCUCCCUCCUCCCUCCCUCCCUCCCUCCCUCCCUCCCCUCCCUCCCUCCCUCCCUCCCUCCCUCCCUCCCUCCCUCCCUCCCUCCCUCCCUCCCUCCCUCCCUCCCUCCCUCCUCCCUCCCUCCCUCCCUCCCUCCCUCCCUCCCUCCCUCCCUCCCUCCCUCCCUCCCUCCCUCCCUCCCUCCCUCCCUCCUCCCUCCCUCCCUCCCUCCCUCCCUCCCUCCCUCCCUCCCUCCCUCCCUCCCUCCCUCCCUCCCUCCCUCCCUCCCUCCCUCCCUCCCUCCCUCCCUCCCUCCCUCCCUCCCUCCCUCCCUCCCUCCUCCCUCCCUCCCUCCCUCCCUCCCUCCCUCCCUCCCUCCCUCCCUCCCUCCCUCCCUCCCUCCCUCCCUCCCUCCCUCCCUCCCUCCCUCCCUCCCUCCCUCCCUCCCUCCCUCCCUCCCUCCCUCCCUCCCUCCCUCCCUCCCUCCCUCCCUCCCUCCCUCCCUCCCUCCCUCCCUCCCUCCCUCCCUCCCUCCCUCCCUCCCUCCCUCCCUCCCUCCCUCCCUCCCUCCCUCCCUCCCUCCCUCCCUCCCUCCCUCCUCCCUCCCUCCCUCCCUCCCUCCCUCCCUCCCUCCCUCCCUCCCUCCCUCCCUCCUCCCUCCCUCCCUCCCUCCCUCCCUCCCUCCCUCCCUCCCUCCCUCCCUCCCUCCCUCCCUCCCUCCCUCCCUCCCUCCCUCCCUCCCUCCCUCCUCCCUCCCUCCCUCCCUCCUCCCUCCCUCCCUCCCUCCCUCCCUCCCUCCCUCCCUCCCUCCCUCCCUCCCUCCCUCCCUCCCUCCCUCCCUCCCUCCCUCCCUCCCUCCCUCCCUCCCUCCCUCCCUCCCUCCCUCCCUCCCUCCUCCCUCCCUCCCUCCCUCCCUCCUCCCUCCCUCCCUCCCUCCCUCCCUCCCUCCCUCCCUCCCUCCCUCCCUCCCUCCCUCCCUCCCUCCCUCCCUCCCUCCCUCCCUCCCUCCCUCCCUCCCUCCCUCCCUCCCUCCCUCCCUCCCUCCCUCCCUCCCUCCCUCCCUCCCUCCCUCCCUCCCUCCCUCCCUCCCUCCCUCCCUCCCUCCCUCCCUCCCUCCCUCCCUCCCUCCCUCCCUCCCUCCCUCCCUCCCUCCCUCCCUCCCUCCCUCCCUCCCUCCCUCCCUCCCUCCCUCCCUCCCUCCCUCCCUCCCUCCCUCCCUCCCUCCCUCCCUCCCUCCCUCCCUCCCUCCCUCCCUCCCUCCCUCCCUCCCUCCCUCCCUCCCUCCCUCCCUCCCUCCCUCCCUCCCUCCCUCCCUCCCUCCCUCCCUACCUCAUCUCCCUCCCAUUGCCUCCCUCGUCUCCCUUCUCCGCCAAACAUAAUCAAAGAAUGCAGCUCACGCACCGUGCACUAGCACUCACGGCGGCCGCGCCAACGGCGCACUCUCACUCGCUCUCUCACUCGCUCUCUCACGCGCUCCUUCACGCGCUCCCUCACGCGCUCCCUCACGCGCUCUCUCACGCGCAAUCUCACGCACACUCUCACGCGCUCUCUCAUGCGCUCUCCCACUCGCCCUCUCACGCGCACUCUCACGCACACCCUUACACGCACUCCCAUGCGCACUCUCACUCGCUCUCUCACGCGCACUUUCACGCGCACUCUCACUUGCACUCUCACGUGCUCACUCACGCGCAUUCUCAUGCGCACUCUCACGCGCUCUCUCACACACUCUUUCACGCGCACUCCCACUCGCUCCCUCAUGUGAUCUCUCACGCGCACACUCACGCGCAUGCGCACCCUCACGCGCACUCUCACGCGCACUCUCACUCGCUCUCUCACGCGCUCUCUCACGCGCACUCUCACGCGCUCUCUCACGCGCACUCUCACGCGCUCUCUCACGCGCACUCUCGCGCGCACCUCACGCGCUCCCUAAUGUGCACUCUCACUCGCUCUCUCACUCGCUGUCUCACGCGCUCCCUCAUGGCACUCUCACGCGCUCUCUCACGCGCUCUCUCACGCGCUCUCUCUCGCGCACUCUCACGCGCACUCUUACGCGCUCUCUCACGCGCACUCUCACACGCACUCUCACGCGCACUCUCACUCGCUCUCUCACACGCUCUCUCACGCGCUCCCUCAUGUGCUCUCUUACGCGCACUCUCACGCGCACCUCACGCGCUCCCUAACACGCACUCUCACUCUCACUCGCUCUCACGUGCUCCCUCAUGCGCUCUCUCACGCGCUCUCUCACGCGCACUCUCACGCGCACUCUCACGCGCACUCCCACGCGCACUCCCAUACGCACUCUCACUCGCUCUCUCACGCGCUCUCUCACGCGCUCCCUCACGCGCUCUCUCACGCGCUCCCUCACGCGCUCUCUCACGCGCACUCUCACGCGCACUCUCACGCGCACUCUCACGCGCACUCUCAUGCGCACUCUCACUCACUCUCUCACGCGCACUCUCAUGCGCACUCUCACUCACUCUCUCACUCACUCUCUCACGCGGUCUCUCUCUCGCGCACUCUCACGCGCACUCCCACACGCACUCCCAUACGCACUCUCACUCGCUCUCUCACGCGCUCUCACGCGCUCCCUCACGCGCUCUCUCACGCGCUCCCUCACGCGCUCUCUCACGCGCACUCGCACGCGCACUCUCACGCGCUUCCUUAUGCGCACUCUCACGCGCUCUCUCACGCGCUCUCUCACGAGCACUCUCACGCGCACUCUUACGCGCUCUCACGCGCGCACUCUCACACACGCUCCCUAAUGUGCUCUCUCACGCGCACUCUAACGCGCACCUCACACGCUCCCUAACACGAACUCUCACUCACUCUCUCACUCGCUCUCACGCGCUCCCUCACGCGCACUCUCACGCGCACUCUCACGCGCACUCUCACGCGCACUCUCAUGCGCACUCUCACUCACUCUCUCACGCGCACUCUCAUGCGCACUCUCACUCACUCUCUCACUCGCUUUCUCACGCGCUCUCUCUCACGCGCUCCCUCACGCGCUCUCUCACGCGCUCCCUCACGCGCUCUCUCACGCGCACUCUCACGCGCUUCCUUAUGCGCACUCUCACGCGCUCUCUCACGCGCUCUCUCACGAGCACUCUCACGCGCACUCUUACGCGCUCUCUCACGCGCACUCUCACACACGCUCCCUAA